CUAGCGAUAAAAAGCUCUUGUCCAAUGAAAUCCGUCGUAUCAAAUCUGUAGCUAACAUAAACAAUCCAGAGACUUCAACUUUCUUCGUUGAGGAAAAAAGUUAGAAUUUGUCGAAAUCUGAGACCAGUACAGGACGCUGGUCGAAAGUAUCACCAUGGGAACAUCAAUUUUUGCAGAAAUGAUAUACCAUCAGUCGAAUCGAUUGAAAAUGUGAGGUUUUAAAACUGGUACCGCCAGCCCUUUGAAGUUCACCGUCCACGUCCCAAGAGGAUUCGCAAUUAGUUUGAAGUUCAGAGACACCAGUAAUUUUGUUUCUUAUACUCAGCUGUUUAUAAACGUUACAAUUUAAAACCAGUAUGGAUAAUAACGCAAGGAACAGAGUAAAGAAAGCUACCAGAGUCAAGAUCAUCAGCAUGGGAAACGCAGAAACAGGAAAGAGUUGCAUCAUCAAGAGGUACUGUGAAAAGAGGUUUGUUCAGAAGUACCUGGCCACGAUUGGUAUCGACUACGGCGUCACAAAGGUGACAGUCAAAGGUCAGGAGAUGAAGGUGAAUAUUUUUGACAUGGCAGGACACCCUAUAUUUUAUGAGGUCAGAAAUGAGUUCUACAAAGACACCCAGGGUGCCAUGUUGGUGUAUGAUAUUGCUGACAGGGGGAGCUUUGAGGCUUUGGAGGCCUGGUUGGCUGAGAUGAGAAAUGAGAUAGGGAAUCCCGCUGAGAUGGAUAAUAUUGUGUUCUGCGUGUGUGCUAAUAAGUGUGAUAAGAAGCGUGUUGUUGAUGAGGCAGAUGGCAGACUUUGGGCAGAAGGAAAAGGUUUUCACUACUUUGAGACGUCUGCUCAGACAGGAGAGGGAGUGGGGGAAAUGUUCCAGGUUCUGUUUGAGGGGGUGUUGAGCACUGUUGAAAAUGGCGGUAAACGUCGACCAAUGACGACCCAGUUAGGUUACACCAAGGACCAGGCUGAGGCAAUCCAGAGGUUGAAAAAUUCCAAGAACGAUUACGAGAGACUUGGUCUUCACCCUGGAGCUUCAAAGGAUGAUAUUAAUAAGGCGUACAGAAAGUUAGCUGUUCUUCUGCAUCCUGACAAGAAUGUCGCACCUGGUAGUGAGGAGGCCUUUAAACUUCUGGUCGCAGCUAGGACAAAUUUGCUCAAGCGAUGAUGACAAUGAUGGUCAAGGAAUUGAGACUGAGAUUAACAGUGGCCUUCACAGUUCAUUGUACUACAACUCAAAAAAUAAUCCAAAUAAAAUCACCAUUUGCUGAUGGUUAUUUGCUUGGGUGAAGAAAAUUAAGAGAAAUAACUUGAUCAUUUUAUUAUAAUUAUUCUAUGUCUAUUUUUCAUUGAUUUAAGGAAGAAUUAGUGAUUUGGUUAAACCAAAUUAAUCAGUGAUAUGUUAAUAAACCUAGUCAUUGGUGGGGCAUGUUUACUCUUGAAGUGCGAUGAAGAUUCCCAGCGAAGACUAUAAUUUUAUGGUAUUUAUUAUAAAAACUUAAUUAGCAGAAUUAUAUCAAUACUAUACUGAUAGUGUGUACUGUUAGACAAAAUAGUGUCUAUUUGUAAGUCAUUUAUGAUGACCUGGUUUUUGUUCAUAGUGCAAAGAUGGAAAUCAUUACAAAACUGUUAAAAGAAGGGGGCAUGUAAUUUUUGUGGCUAAUGGUAACCAAGUAAAAAACAAAGCUGUAUUCCAGUUUGUAGCAUGCCAAACUAGAAAAUGGCAUUUGUUUAAUACAUUUUUAUAGACCAAGAUUUAUACUCAAUUUUACUCAAUUAUUUAUUUAUUUAUUUAUUUAUUUUACACUCGUCUGCAGUAAGCUUCAAGAAAAUGACAUUCCAUUUACAAAUCCAAAUAUCUAUGCACCAGUAUUACACAAUAAAGAUACAUAAUAUUGUAGUUACCGAUAAAAUAAGGAAAGUAACACAGAGACUGACGGCUUCAAAAUGGGCAAAGAUCUUCAACAAAACCCAACUUUUCAGACGUAACCAGUAUUGACCCUAAAAAAUGUAUUUCAGUCUUUGUCAGUUUACAUUAGUCUAGACUUUCGCACUGUAUACCAUAUUGAUUUUUUUUUUUUUUUUUUUUUUUUUUGAAAUAACUAAGAUGUGGCCAAAUGUAAUAGACUGCUGAUGACGUUGUGAUGCUGGAGAGAAAUAUUAUUGUUAUUAUAUAUUAUGAAUAUAAAGUUAUACCAUAGUUUUUUGUACAUUUCAACAUUCAAGCCGUCCAAUGUCUAUAUUUUUUCCCUUAAGUGACCAACUGAAUGUAUGCUCUAAGGAAUACACUGUAUAUCUCACUUUUUGAAAUCUGUCUGUUGAAUUAAGACCCUAGUAGACUGUAUUGAAGUGAUACUGAUGUCAUUUUGACGUCACAUAAAGUUAUAACGUAGUCGUAAUAACAUUUUGUGUAUUCUUGAAUUGCAAAAAUAUAGACACCUAUUGUUUAUGUUAAACGUUAGGUUCACUUGAAACUUCGUAAUUAUAUUAUACAAUGUAGGUAUUUGAUUAAAUAGUUUGUAGGAGUUUCAUAUUUAUCGUAACGGUAUGAAAUAAAUAAUUUCUUCCCAGGAACAGGUAUUUUUGCAGCUAGAAAAGGAAAAGGGAGAGAAAUUGACCCAAACCGAAGUAGUUUAUUAACGCAUCUCACUAGAAAGCACGGUGUGACAG